AACCGUCUGCGCCGCGAUGCGGAAGAGUCCUUCCCGGCAGAAGAAGCAAGUGUGAAGUCGGAGUUUCGUGCUGGUGAUCCCGAGAGUUCCCCAGGACUCUUUCCCAGGGAAGAAGGUCCACCCCCCUGGACUCUUUUGGUGAAAUUCAAAGAGGAAAAAAAAAGUGAAUGUUUCCGAGAAGUGCAGUGAAAAGCGGAGACCAAGCAAAUUAGGACCCUUUGGUCAGAUUCAAUAAAGCAAACAACAACUCUCUGUUUUGGGGGCAAAUUGAUCUUGACUUGGAGGAGAGGGUGCACAAUUGGAAACAACCUUGGAAGUGAAUGUGCUUUGAUUAAACGGCCAAAGGAAGAUACUUGAGUGCAACAAGUCCCUGGGGAAAAAAUUGCACCGUAACGGAGCUCGAAAAAAGGGAGGCUAUUUUUGGAACAGCGACAGUGACUAGUGCGGAGAUCGGGAGUUCUGGUGACUUCAAGUGGGAGGAAUUUUUCGGAAGGAAAAAUAAGGCGCGGAUAUUUAGUAAGGAAGUCACACCGGACACACCGCCGCACACGGCUUGGUGCCGUUUUUCCUUCACUGGUGGCUCACCCGGAACAAACCGGAUAGGACCGGAGCAAACCGGCGGCACAAACGAUGGCUAACCCACAGCUGCUGUGGGCGUUAGUCCUUCUCGGAAGCUGGACCCUGCUGCCGACCGAAGCAGCUGCCACGACUCGAUUCGAGUGCCAGGAGGAAGGUUUCGCCUCGGACCCCAACGACUGUAACGCCUUUUACCGAUGCGUUGAGGAAGACGGCAAGCUGACCGCGUACAAGUUCCGAUGUGGCCCCGGGACGGUUUACUCCGGCGUCGAGAGCGUCUGCGUCCAUCCGUACGAGUCGGAACGACCCGAGUGCGGCGGCGGAAACAACGAGAUCGACGGAAACCAAGACCAGGAGUACGCCCCGUCCGGGCCAAUGGCCGGAGAGGCGUCCAACAUGCACGAGAUGACCGAACACUUUAGCACUUCGGAGGCGACCAACGAGCAGCGACCAGCGGAACCGGAAACGCAACAACCCCAGGAACCCCAGCAGCCGGAACCUUCGGACAACGAGAACGACAUCAACGGUGGUGAAGAACAGGGCUACGAGUACCCGAAACCUGCGGAAUCGCAGGAAGGACAGCAACCCCAAAGCCCCGCCAGCUCUAGCGAAGACCCGAGCUUCCCGUGCGAGCAGGACGGCUUCGUCGGCGAUCCGGUCGACUGCCAGAUGUUCUACCGCUGCGUGUCGAACGGCAACGGCGGCUUCACCAAGUACCCGUUCCGCUGCGGAGACGGAACCGUGUGGGACGACCGGAUCGAUGCGUGUAACCACGACUACGCAGUCGAGCGGUGCACGCGCCGAGCGGAGAACGACUACGUCGUCAACACGGAAAGCUUCAGCCAGAGCAACAUGUCCGCCGAAGCGAACAUGACCUCGUCGAGCGGAUCGAUGACGGAGAAUGGGGUAACUACGAAUACGACAUCCUCGGAAGCCCACAUGAAUCAGCAGGGAAGCAACUACAUGAAUAUGACGACGUCGACGAGCGAUGGGCAGGGAGGGUCGUCGCAAUCGAGCAGUUCGAGCAGUAGCAGCAGCAGUUCGAGCAGUAGCUCAAGCAGUUCCAGCAGCAGUUCGUCGUCGAGCAGUGGUGGAAACAACCAGUGGAACAAUAACAAUCAGGGAUCGAAUGGCGGCAGUCAGGGAUCAAAUAACAACAAUCAGUGGAAUAACAACAAUCAGGGAUCGAAUGGCGGCAGUCAGGGAUCAAAUAACAACAACCAAUGGAACAAUAAUAACCAAGGAUCAAGUGGUAGCAAUCAAGGUUCAAGCAACAACAACCAAUGGAACAACAAUAAUCAAGGAUCGAACAGUAACAACCAGGGAUCCAACAACAACAAUCAAUGGAACAACAAUAAUCAAGGUUCGAGUGGUAGCAGCCAAGGUUCAAGCAACAACAACCAAUGGAAUAACCAAAACCAAGGACAGAGUAGCAGCAGCCAAGGUUCAAGCAAUAACAACCAAUGGAACAACCAGAAUCAAGGGCAAAGCAGCAGCAGUCAAGGAUCGAAUAAUAACAAUCAGUGGAACAACCAGAACCAAGGAUCGAGCAGUAACAAUCAGGGCAGUGGAUCCAACAACAACAAUCAGUGGAAUCAAAAUCAGAACAACCAAGGGCAAAACAACCAGAACCAAGGAAAUAAUAACAACUGGAACAACAAUAACAAUCAGGGACAGAAUAAUAACAACCAAAACAAUCAGAAUAACCAGAACAAUAACAACAACCAAGGACAAAACCAAAACAACAACAAUCAAUGGAACAAUAAUAAUCAGAACAAUCAAAAUAAUAACAACCAAGGACAGAACAACAAUCAGAAUAACCAAAAUAAUAACAAUCAAUGGAACAAUAACAAUCAAGGACAAAACAACAACAAUAAUCAGAAUAACCAAAAUAAUAACAAUCAAUGGAACAAUAACAAUCAAGGACAGAACAACAACAAUAAUCAGAAUAACCAAAAUAAUAACAAUCAAUGGAACAAUAACAAUCAAGGACAGAACAACAACAAUAAUCAGAAUAACCAGAAUAACCAAAACAAUCAGAAUAACCAAAAUAAUCAAAACAACCAGAAUAAUCAGAACAAUCAGAAUAACCAAAACAACCAACAGAACAAUAACAAUCAAGGACAGAACAAUAACAAUCAAGGACAGAACAAUAACAAUCAAGGACAGAACAAUAACAAUCAAUCAAACAACAAUAAUCAACAAGGAUCCAACAACAACAAUCAGAACCAAGGUUCCAAUAACAACCAAUCGAACAACAACAACCAGCAAGGAUCCAACAACAACCAAUCGAACAACAACAAUCAGAACCAAGGAUCUGACAAUAACAACAAUCAGUCAAAUAACAGCAACCAACAAGGAUCCAACAACAAUAAUCAAUCGAACAACAAUAAUAACCAAUCGAACAACAACAAUCAGAACCAAGGUUCCAACAACAACCAAUCGAACAACAACAAUCAGAACCAAGGAUCCGACAAUAAUAACAAUCAGUCAAACAACAACAAUCAACAAGGCCCCAACAACAACCAAAACCCAGAACCUGCCACCACCCAGGCUCCGGCAAUGGAAGCCUCUGCCACCGCCGCCCCUACCCAAGCAGCAGCCACGACUGCUCCCACUCAAGCCCCAGCCACAUCCGCUCCCACACAGGCACCAAGCACUGCUGCCCAAACACAAGCUCCCUCUACCGAAGCUCCCGUUGAACCAAGCAGCACCUCCGAACAGACCACAUCCGGUGAACAACCUGCUACUUCGGAAGCAUCCGUCACGCCUGCUCCGUCAUCGUCUUCGGAAGCUCCAGCAUCCACAACCACAACUACUACUGCUCCGCAGCCAACACCCACGGAGGAUAGCACCAAUCCCGACGUCAACGAGGUUCAAACGACGGCCGGAACUACGGCAGCGGCUUCUUCGUCCAGCUCGUCCAGCACUACCACGACAACCGGCAAACCUGCAGAGCAAACGACGACUACGGCCAAACCAGAUUCCUCCUCCUCGAGCGGCAGCUCGCCGGCUUGCACCAACGAUGGCUUCAUGGGAGAUCCCAACGACUGUCAGAAGUUCUACCGGUGCGUAUCGAACGGACAGGGCGGAUACACCAAGUACGAGUUCAAGUGUAGCGACAACACCGUGUGGGACGACAGCAUCUCGAACUGUAACCAUGCAUGGGCCGUGGAGAAUCCCACCUGCAAGCAGGGCCAGAGUCAGUCCGGAAAUGGGCCUAGCGAGCAGGGAUCUAGUGGGCCAAGCAACAAUAAUCAGGGACCUAACAAUAAUAACCAAGGACCUAAUGGACCCAAUAACAAUAAUCAAGGACCUAAUGGACCCAACAAUAACAAUCAAGGACCUGAUGGACCCAAUAACAACAAUCAAGGACCAAAUGGACCAAACAACAAUAACCAAGGACCCAAUGGACCGAACAACAAUAACCAAGGACCUAACGGUCCAAAUGGCCCAGAUGGCGGAAAUGGUCCUAAUGGUCCAGAUGGUUCUAACGGCUCUAAUGGUCCUAAUGGCCAAGACGGUGGAAAUGGUCCCAACGGUCCAAAUGGCCCCAACGGUCCAGAUGGCCCCAACGGUCCAGAUGGUCCCAAUGGCCCCAAUGGUCCUGAUGCGAACGGUCCAGAUGGCUCUAACGGUCCAGAUGGUCCCAACGGUCCAAACGGCCCAGGCGGUCCUAAUGGCCCCAACGGUCCAGAUGGUCCCAACGGUCCUGAUGGUCCCAACGGUCCAGAUGGUCCCAACGGUCCAGAUGGUCCCAACGGUCCAGAUGGUCCCAACGGUCCAGAUGGUCCCAACGGUUCAGAUGGUUCCAACGGCCCGGAAGGCGCACAAGGAAGUGGUUCCGGAUCUCCCGUCGAACAAGGCUCCUCCUCAUCCACUGUUCCACCGUGCCAGCAAACAACUACGACUAGUGCCCCAGCGGUUCCAGCCGGAAGCAACGGUGUCUGCGAACGUGAAGGUUUCAUGGAACAUGAAUCGAACUGCAAGAAGUUCUACCGCUGCGUCGACAACGGAAACGGAGGAUUCACUCGGUACGAGUUUACCUGCGGUGCUGGCACUGUUUGGGAUAACGACAUUCUUGCUUGCAACCAUCCGGACUCCGUUCAAAACUCCAAGUGUGGAUCUGGAGGACGUCCGGAAGGUGGUAGCCCACAGGGACCCGGAAACACCUACCUGCCACCGGAUCAAGCCAGCUCGACUGAACCAAUGCCAUCCAGUUCGGAAGCAUCUACUGAUGGUCCUACCACGAGCGGUAAUGUAGAAGGAAGCACAAAUGCUCAGGAAGUUACCACGCAAACGUCCGAAACCACCACUACGAACGCUGGUCAAGAGACUACGACUGGAUCGGGAGCUGAUACAACUGAAGCACCUAAAGAGGAAACCACGCAAGGUCAAGGAACUACAGCUAGCCAAACGGAGCAGACCACUACACCGCCAGGUCAGGAAACGACAUCAGCGUCAGGACAAGAAACCACCACAUCUUCAGGUCAAGAAACAACCACAUCUUCAGGUCAAGAAACCACCACAGCUUCAAGCCAAGAAACCACCACCGCUGGAAACCUCGAGACAACAACGGGAAGUCCAUCGGAACCAGCUGGAGAAAGUACAACGCAAGCAGGACAGACAACAGCUUCGGGAAGCGAAACAACAACAUCCGGUACCGAUGAACAAACCACCGAAACGCAACCCGCCACGACCCUGUCACCGGAAGGAUGCGAGUCCGAAGGGUUCAUGCCUCACGACAGUGACUGCAAAAAGUUCUACCGAUGCGUCGACAACGGCAAGGGAGGCUUCACGAAGCACGAGUUCACAUGCGCCGAUGGAACGGCAUGGGAUCAGAGCAUCCAGGCGUGUAACUAUGAGUACGAAGUUCCAAACUGCGGUGCCGAUCGCCCACCAGAGCCAGCCCCCGAACCGGACGCGCAGAGCACCACAUCUCCGGACUCGGAAAACCAAAUGACCACAACGACAGCGGCUUCGGAGACCACGCCAGCUAGUCAGGAAACGACAACUCAAGCUGGCCAGGAAACGACGACUCAAGCUGGUCAGGAAACGACAACUCAAGCUGGUCAGGAAACGACGACUCAAGCUGGUCAAGAAACGACUACUCAAGCUGGUCAGGAAACGACGACUCAAGCAGCUACGACGGCCGGUCAGGAAACAACGACUGGUGCGGCUGAAUCAACUACUCAAGCAGCCGCUGAGACGACAACUCAGGCGGCCACUACGACGGAAUCAGCUCAGGAAACGACUACGGUUGCGGGUACGACAUCCGCUGAAGAAAAGCAAGAAACGACCACUCAACCCGCUGAAGGAACUACCUCCGGACAAGAGACGACCACAGGAGCAUCUGGACAGGAGACAACUACCGCAUCGGGUCAGGAAACUACGACUGGAGCAGCAGGACAAGAGACAACUAUCGCGGCAGGCCAGGAAACAACCACUGGAGCAUCGGGUCAGGAAACGACUACUGGAGCAGCCGGACAAGAAACAACUACAACAGGUCAGGAAACUACAACCUCAGGACAGGAAACCACUACUGGAGGACAGGAACCCACCACGAACCAACCGUCGAGUGGUGAAUGUACCUCGGAAGGCUUCAUGGGCGAUCCAAAUGAUUGCAAGAAGUUCUACCGAUGCGUCGACAACGGCAAGGGUGGUUAUACCAAGUAUGACUUCACCUGCGGAGACGGUACCGCCUGGGACCAACAGCUCCAAACUUGUAACCACGAUAACGUAGUAGAAAUGUGCGGCGGUCAAACAGGAGAAACUAGCCCCGCCACAACCACCAGUAAUCCUACGACCGAUGGUACAGGUAUGGAGACGACAACCGAAAGAGCGGCACAGGAAACUACGACGGAAGCGGCCGGUCAGCAAACGACAACGGAGGAAAGUCAGGAAACGACAACGCAAGCUGGAGCCGAGACUACGACAUCGGCGGAAACGACGACGGCGCCGGGUGAAACCACAACGGGAGCAGCGGAAACCACUGUAGCCUCAGAGACAACAACGUCAGCUCAGGAAACCACCACAGCUGGGCAAGAAACGACAGCAGCGCCAAGCGAGACAACAACGGCAGCUCAGGAAACCACAACUGGUGUCUCAGAAACAACGAUGGCUGCCGCUGAAACAACGACAGCUGCUCAGGGAACGGAAGCAACUACGCAACCGGAAACUACUGCUCAACCAUCACAGGAAUCGACCACCCAACCAGGACAGGAAACUACCGAAGCCGGUGGGGAAGCAACAACACAACCUACCGACGCUGGAUCAUCAACGGAUGCUUCGACCGAUGCCAGUAUGGAGACGACAACCGCUGGACAGCCGGCGACGACGACACCCGGAAGCUGCCCCGAAGGAUGCCAGAGCAAUUGCCCGCAGGUCGGCGAAGGCCAGGCUAGCUUCGUGUGCCCGACGGGCUUCCGUCGGCAUCCGCAGGACUGCAACAUGUUCUACCAGUGUACGCAGAAGCCGAACAGCAUGGACUACAGCAUCGUGAUGUUCAGCUGUCCCAACGCGACCGUGUACAACGAGGAAGGAAUCCAGUGCAGCGAACCGGCAGCCGGCGAUGAGCAGUGCCAGUCGUCCAGCAUGCGGUUCCUGCGCAGCGCACUCGCACCUCAGGUUCAGCCGAUGCAACUUCGCUCAACGAAGCCACUCUGCCCGGCAGAGGGUCACUUCGCGUUGGACGACCAGAAGUGCAGCUCGACGUUCGUGCGCUGCCUGGCCGGCGAGGGACGCAGCAGUGACGUGCUGCAGCCCAACAUGUACCGCUGCCCGAAGGGUUACGUGUACUGGAACGUGAGCCGACGCUGCGAGCGGGUGGCCAAGGUGCCCGAGUGUCAAAACACCCCGAUGCAGGAGCGGUCAGAGAUACCGGUCGAGUGGAUCAACCUUGGCAACCGACGCAGAAGUUUGUUCUGAGCCGGAUAGGAAUACUCAGCGAACACUCAGAGCGAAUAGUCAGCGACAAACGUACACACAACGACCACGACAAGACAAGCCUAAAUGGCGUAACGUUUAAGUUAGUCAUAGCGUAACUUGAGUAAGGAUUAUUAGCGAUAGGACCUGUAACUAGGAAGCUGCCACCAACACAUAAACACGCAGAACUGAUUUCGACUCUCGAACGUGUAGACUUUUAGAAACAUUUCGCGGAAACACGAGAGUACAAGAGUGACGUAACGGAAAGCGACAUCGAUCUAGGUCUAGUCAGAAAGAUGUCACGCGAUUCAGGAGUAGGUCUACGCCAUAUUUUCAAGCAGCAUUUAGGAAAAUGACAAAAUCAAUUCGAAAAACCGCACAAACGAGUCAUUUUACGCAGUAGAUAUUUAUUUUACUCAGCCAACCAAGCAUGUAAAUAUUUUCCAACCUUCCGCAAAGGAGCGCGAAAAUAGCAUCAAAAGAUGAACAUUAUUUUUAAGCAAGUUUUAGCAAACUAUUCGCAUCCAGUUCGUGGGACGGAAGGCGGCAUCCGGAAGGUACCAGCAGCAGAAAACGAGCGGCCAUCGUCAACCAUUCCCGCAAAUGAGCCUCUCUUGCACCGGCAGUUCGUUGAGCAAAAGAGAGUUGUGUUUAUACAGUAUUGUUUACGGGAAUGGUGUCGCUGCCAACAGGAGAGUCCCACCACCGCCGCUGUUCAUGAACUAUUUGCGAAUGCCACACGAAUGAACGGAGCUGCCAGGUAGUGUAACUGUUAAGAAAGUUAGAGUAAAUAAAUGUAAUUUAUUGU